AUGUAUGAGCUCUUUAAAAUUUUUUUAAAAUUUUCAAGUUUUGCAAGUGUUUCAUACAACCCUGAAAUUUCUUCAUUUACAAACCAAUUUAUGCAUUUAACAAAUUAUUCAAUAAAUAAAUUGGCUGUUUCUUCAAGUAGUUCAACACAAACAGAAGAUGGAGGCGAUCAACAAUUUGUAGUUCCAAAAUGGAAAUUGACUCAAUUUUGGAAAUAUUUGGAUAAAUUGGGGCAUAAUUCAAACAAUUUAAAAGAGGAAAUACACAAAAUUGCUAUAAAGGCUAUUAUUUCUUGUGAAAGCCAUAUUAGGGCACAUGCAGCCCAUCAUUGUAAAUAUCCGUUUAUCAGGAAAGUAGCUAUUAUAGGACCCUUUUCCCACUCUCAUUUUUGGAUUUAA